AUGCGAACGUGGUUCCAAUACAAACUGCAUCAACAGAAGUAAAGAUUGUGCGUGUCAAAGUAAAAAUUACGAAUCUUUUGGAAUAACGGUGUACCUCGUAGCAUGACUUCACAUUCAACGAGAACACGUUUACGCACAAAACAGACUGGCGGCGCGGUCAUAGUUACGUUUACAGACGAUGAUAUCACAAGUUCAUCACGUGUUCUCGUGAACAUCCAAUGCUGUUAUUCUGAUUUCUUUUAACCAAUCCUGCGUGACUAACGCUAUCUCGAUAUCUUUGUAUGCUGAGUACGAGCCACCGCUGUUCGCAUAAAGUUCCUCAUUUAUUUAAAAAUUAAAAAUUCUAGUGCUAGUCAAGAAAUUGCUCGUGUAAUAAUGGAAAAAAUACUGGUCGAACCUCGGGAUGGGACCGUAGCGUCAUGCUUGUCUAACCUUCUUCAAACGAGUGCUGAUGCUGCACUCGCCAGUGACGAUACAUUUAAAGUCGGUUUGUCAGGGGGGUCUUUGGUACAAUUGUUGGCUCAAUGUUUGCCUAAUGUUACUACUGAUUGGAGUAAAUGGUAUUUCUUCUUCUGUGAUGAAAGAGUUGUUCCUUUUGAUAGCAAUGAUUCUACCUAUGGAGAGUAUAAGUUGAAGUUAAUUGGAAAGAUACCAGUAACCGAAGAGCAAUUUAUAAAAAUUGAUCCUGACCUGUCUGGUAAAAUUUUCAACUUACUUUUUCUUCUUUUGUCAAUGAAUUUGUAUAACCACACUGUGGUACUUAUAGCCGAAGAUGCAGCAAAAGAUUACAUUAAGAAGAUGUCCGUGUUUUUUCCACCUGAUCGUGUUCCAUGUUUUGAUGUACUUCUAUUGGGACUAGGUCCAGAUGGACAUACAUGUUCUCUCUUCCCUGAUCAUAAACUUUUGAAUGAAGCAAGCGUAUGGGUCUGUCCUAUCAACGAUUCACCUAAGCCACCUCUAUCUCGUAUUACUCUUACUCUUCCUGUAAUAAAUAAUGCAAAGAAAUGCAUAUUUGCUAUUACUGGAUCAGGCAAAGCUGAAAUUGUGAAAAGAGUUUUGCAAGAUAGAGAAAAUUUACCAGCUGCUCGUGUUCAACCACACAACGGAGAAUUGUAUUGGAUCUUAGAUGAAGGUGCUGCAAAGUUUGUAGAGAGAGCCAACCAUAGUAUUAGGCUUUCCUGGCGACACAUCUGCCUGUAACCGUGUUCUGACUAGUGCUAAUGGAUACGAGCACACUUGGCCGGCUGUGCUCGAAGCUGUUCCACAUAAUAAUAAAAUCCAAAAGGGCGCGGUACAUGUGCGUGAUACACCACCUGCUACACCACCGGACACCAAAUGCCGCCACCACAUUCCAGAAACCAUUUCACCAGUUGUGAAGUCCUCCGGGACACCGAUAUCCUCCCCAAUGUCCAUAUACUGA